CAUUCAUGUAUUUACAUACACCGUACUUUUUUUACUGCUCUCUACUACUAGAGACUCACAUAGAGGGAAAUACAUCACCUUCGUGGUAGAGUUAUUGUACAGUGACUCAACUCCGAUUGUGGGCCAUUCCUAGAGUGAAUGUCUGAAGGACGCAUGUGACGAAGGCGAUACGUAAUGAAGGUGUUACUAGAAUCUUAUAUGCAUGUGCACUGGCACAAUUAUUUAGAUUCUGUUGUAGCUGGCAGCAUAGCUGAUAGACCGAAAUAGUUGGAAUAGGUAUGCAAUCAACCUAUGUCAAAAUUCCACCCAAUAAUUUUACAGCAUAUGAAAAUGACACUGCCGUACACGUAAUGUGUUCGAGCUUUUUUUUAAACACUUUGGGCUACACAACAGUAACAUAUGCUAACAAACUGAUGUGAGGUUCAGGGAUGCACAAGAACCUAUAGUUGUUUUGUUUCAAAGCUGUUGAAACGAAGUAUCUCGAUCAAAAAUUCGGAGUGCGAGUUUACAAUUGUGUGCGGCAAAUUGAAUAUAUCCUGGCACAGUAUAAAUGCAGUCGGCUGAGCAUCUCACAUCUCACAACAUCUCAUUUGGAUUUCGAAAACGAAUAGUUACAUUUGACAACAUGAAGUUUUACAGCACUGCACUCCUUUUGGCCGCCGCAUCGGUCAUGGUCAUGGCUGCUUCGCCAAAACCCAUGGAACACAUGUGUUCGAUGUCCAACAAUAACGGCAAGUGCGAGGGCUUGAAUAAGAUGAUCAACACCAGCCAGGGCUGCAAUAUGAGCGGCGAUGACAAGUGUUCCACCUCCCACUGUUGCAUGGAUCACCCCGAUGACCAUGACAAGGACAACCAUGACAAGGACGACCAAGACAAGGAAGAGCACAAGGAUGAGCAUGACAAGGAUGAACACAAGGAUGAGAAGGACCACAAGGAUGAGUAUGACAAGGAUAGUGGUGACCACGAGACGACGUGUUCUGACUAUUCCAAUCAGGGCAAGUGUAAAAGCCUAGACAAGUCGAUUAAGAAGGGCAAAGGCUGCAACCGAUACGGCGACGAUAAGUGUGCAACCUCGCACUGCUGCAAGUAAGGAACACUGGUACUAUAGGCGUUCUAGAUUUUUGGUGUAUGUGAAAAUACAAGCUUCAAAGAACAAUAAAAAAUGGAUAAUGGAACUACCG